CACUGAGGCGAGCCCUGCAGUCUCAACUUAUUCUAACCUACAUAAGGUCAGCAUGGAAACUCUUCAUUUAUAUAUAACAACAUUGGCAACAGUGCUGGUAUGCGCUAUUGGUACAGACGGUGAAGACACUAAGCAGCAGGUGGACGAAGAUGUGGGCAUGAUGUUGAGUCAAGUUGUGGACCACAAUAUCAUCGGCUGUCAUUUGAUAAUCCUUACUACUGCAGAGCAUUCACACCUGUUCUCAAGUAUACUAAGACACAUGAGUGCAGAUGUGGUGGCUGGCGUGGUAGUGGAGGCAGGGUGGGUGUUGUCUCAAGACCAGUUGACCCAGGACCACCUACUUCAGGGGCUGUGGGGGGACAGUAAGACCACCUGUCGUGCUAUCAUCCUCGACGUCACAGAGAGUAAUAAUACCAACUUGGCCCUCAGGUUACUAGAGUCAUCUGGAUUGUGGAAGAUGUCUGAGACGCGGGUGGUGAUAAUUGGCUGGACGGCAGGAGUGAAGGACGUCCUCCUCCACCAUAGUCUCCGUAACACCGUCCACGGCCUCUACUUGGCCCUCCACGACCUCGCUAUCCUAACUCCACCGAACCACCGCGACUCACGACUCAGGAAGGUUCUCCCACAGGAGGCAUCAAAUAUUGAGGGUGUGUCGGUGUACCGUCGCUGUCUGUACUGCAACAACGGGAAGGCGGACGUACAGCUCAUAUAUCAUUGGAACCACACUUCACCAGUUCAGCAAGCUAAAGAUCUUUUUACUGAGCAGUUCCUGAACUUUAUGGGUCACAAAUUCAAGAUAGUAACAGUGUCGUACUUCCCCUACAUCGCCUACAAGAAAGACAGCGAGAGUAAGGGAACCACAGUAACUCUCACGGACUCACUCGAUGCUCGCUUACUCGACACUUUCUCUCAUAAACUCAACUUCACGUGAGUGCUGGAAUAUCUCUUUCCCCUGAAAAUGUUAUGCCAGACAAAUCUUUGUUAAUUAGUGUAAAUUGAACUAAUAUUCAUUGUGCUAAGUAUGACAAUUUUAAAUACACAAUAUAUGACGAUGUGUUUUAUGUCUACUAUGAGAAAAUAGAAAUGUACAGUUCCUCUCACUUGUGAGUUUACAGGGGCUCAUCAGGUUUU